AUGAUUUAUAAUGAUAAGAAUGAAGAUUGGAAAGAUAGAGAAAAUCGUUUAGUUGAUAUAAUAAAGAAAGAAUAUUAUUAUAAUAAGAAUGAAGAAUAUGAUGAAUAUAAUAUAAAGGGUGGAAUUAUAGGAAAACAUAAAUAUGGUUAUAGUGAUUGUUAUAAAGGUGAUAAUAUUAUAUUAAUAAUAACAGAAUAUAUUAAGAAAGAUUGUAUAUUAGAUAAUUAUAUAUUGGAAUAUAAAAAGUUAUAUGAGAAUUUAGAUUAUUAUAUAGAAUAUAUUGAAAUAAAAUCAGAUAUUGAUUAUCUUAUUGAUAAUUAUUUUUUAAAGAAAAAAACAGAUACAACUAGUAUAAUAAGUGAUAUAGAAAAAUAUAAAAAAAUAAAUGGAGAUAUGAAUGAUAUAGAAAUGACAACAUAUACCAUAUCAGUCAUAUUAAAAUUGAAUAAACAUAUAUUAAGUGCAUUUCCAAUGUUAAAAAAUGUUAUAGAAACAUUAAAACAUGAUGAUCAAAAUGAAAAUUUUUAUUACUUAAAUAAUAGGAUAGGUAUAAUAGAAAAAUGGAAGAGCAAGAUUUAUAAUAUGUCCUGUAAAAAAAAAACAUAUAAAUCCAUAGCUCAUUCCUUUUUACAAACAAAUGAUGAAAUUAUUUAUAAGGAAGAAAAUAAUGAAAAUUUUGAUAAAUGUGAUAUAUACAUGGAUCCAUGUUAUAUUAAUAAAACAUAUAAAAAUGAAUAUAAUAAUUAUUAUGAAUAUAAUUAUGUACAUAAUAAGAAUGUGAAUGAUACAUAUAUAGUUGAUAAUAAUAAUAUGAAUAAUUAUUAUGACGAUAAUAUGUACAAUAAUGAUACUAUAUAUAACAAUAAUAUGUAUGAACACAAUCAUAUGUAUCAAGGUAAUUAUCCGGAUGAUACUAUAAAUGUUAUACAUUCUAGUAAUAAAAAUAAGAAUUCAAAAAAAUUCAUUCAAACAAUUAAUACACCAGAUGAAAAUAAUAUUGUUAAUUAUAAAAAGAAGACAUCUACAUUUUUUUACGAAAUAAAUAUAACAACAAAUAAAAAUUUAAUAAGACUAAAAAGUGUUCUCCUCUUGAUUGAAAUAGUCAUGUCGUUUUAUUCAUUCUUUAUUAGAUGGGAAAAACAAAGGAAUAAAGAAAAAAAAGAUAUAAUUGAAGAAAGAGAAGAAAGAGAUAUAAAUUAUAUAAAAGAUAAAAUGAACGUUACCUGUGAUGAUAAUAUAUAUCAUAUCAAUGAUAUAGAUAAUAUUAACAAAAUAAAUGAUUUAUGUACUCAUAAUGAUAAUAUUAAUAAAUAUAUAAAAUAUACAGAAUAUCAACAUAUGGAAGAAGAAACAAAUAACAGCAUAUAUGAUGAAAUAAAUUAUCAACUCUUUUAUGAUCUAAUAUCAGGAAAAUUAAAAAGAAAAAAAAAUAUUAAGGAUGAGGAAUAUGGUGAGAAAAAAAAAAAAAAAAAAAGAGAGAUACAAAAAGUGAAAAGUAUGAAAUAUAAGGAAAAGAAAAAAAAGAUGAAUAAUAGUAAUUAUAAACCUGAUAAAUUUUUUCCAUAUAUUAAAUAUGAGGGUUAUGAAAGUGAAAAUACAGCUUCCUCAAAUAAUUAUGAAAAUAUAAUAGGUAGUAAUAAACGAAGUUCAAGUGAUCAUAAUAGUAUAUCAUCAAAUAGUAAUAUAAAUAGUAGGUCUUCAAUUAGUGAUAGAAAUAAUAAGUCUUCAAAUAGUGAUACCAGCAAUAUAUCAUCUAAUAGUGAUACGAAUAAUAUAUCAUCUAAUAGUGAUACGAAUAAUAUAUCAUCAAAUAGUGAUACAAAUAAUAUAUCAUCAAAUAAUGAAAAAAAAAUUAAAUUGUCACAUAAAGAUAUGUAUAAUUGUCAUAAUAAUUAUUUAUAUUCAUCAUCAUAUAAUGAUAAUUCAUUUAUAGAAAGUGAUAUAAAUAUUUAUAAUGAUAAAGAUGAAAACGUUAAUCCUUUACACCAUAACGAUUUCAUAGAUUCUCCUAAAAAAUUAAUGAAUGGUAAUGUUUGUUAUGGAGAAGACAAUAAAAAUAAUUAUUAUAUUUCGAAGGAAAAUAAUAUAUAUAUUGAUAAAGAAAAAAAACAUAAAAUAGAUAAUAAUAAUAAUACAAUAUAUGAUAAAGAUUUUAAAAAAAUGAUGAGCUAUAUUAAAAAUAUCCUAAUAUAUGUUAUAGAUGAAUGUGAUACAUAUUUUAAUAUAGAAUUUUUGUACACUUUACAUACCUUUGAAUUAUAUUAUUUAUUUCAUAUUUUUAAAAAGUUGUUAUUAAAAAAGAAAGAUAUAGAAGAUGAUUUAAUAAUAAUGUUAACUUAUUGUGCAUAUAAAAUUGAAAAUAAAGAAAUUAUUGAAUAUUGCUUUUGGAGACUUGUCAGCAUAUUUGAAAGUGAAUGUAUUCCUAAUAGUUGGAUAUUAUUAGAUGAUAAAACAAAUAAUCAAUUAAAAAAAAGGUUUGAUGAAUUAAAAUUUAAUUUUAAAGAUAUGAAGAAAAAGAACAAAAAAAUUAAGAAAAAAGGAAGAAUAAAAAAUUAUACUGACUAUUGUAUCGAUAUAUUUUAUGAAACGUUUAACAUUUUUGAAACUGAAGAAAUAGGAGAUGUAACCAGUGAAAUAAAUAUAAAUGAAGGUAAUUUAUAUUUUAAAAAUAAUAUAAUAGAUAAAAAUAUCUUUAUUAAUUUUAUUAAUAAAACAAAAAGAGAAUUUUCUUAUUAUAAUGAUAUACCUAAAGGAUAUAAAAUUAAUGAGUUACAAAGAAUACGAAAAUUUAAUGAAUUUUAUUCAUGUUGUUAUAUUUUAAAAAAUGAUAAAAAGGAAAAGAUACUAAUGGGUUUUAAAAAAAGAGGCCAGAAUAAAGUAUAUAUAUAUAAAUAUGAUAAAAAUAUUAAAAAAAAAUUUAAAAAUAUUAAAACAUCUUUUAAUGUAUCAGGAUUUUUAGGAGUGCUGGUAUGUAAUUUUACAGGUAUGAAAAUAAAAAUAUAUGAUAAUGGAAUAUCAGAAAAAUAUGCAAACUUUUUUCCAAAUUUUGAAAGAAAUAAUGUUAUUUCUAUUAGAUUUGAAUCCAAUAUUAUAAGUGAAUUACCAAGACAUUUUAUAUGUAAUAUUUAUAAAGAAAAUAAAAAUAUAAAACUUGUUUAUGAAAAUAAAUGUCCUAUAUGGAAUGAAGAGAAAGAAAUUUAUGAACUUCCAUUUUAUGGACGAGUUAAAAUGGCUAGUGCAAAAAAUUUACAAUUAAUUCUAAAGAAAUGUAUUUUUAAUGAAUCAAAAAAAAAUGAUUUUAUGAAUAAAAAUAUAAAUGAUAUAAUUGAAUAUGUGUCAGCUAGACAAAAUGAAGAUAAACAAAAUAUAAAAGAUAAGGAUAAGGAUGAAGAUAAUGAUGAAGAUAAUGAUGAAGAUAAUAAUGAUAAUAUUUAUAAUGAUAUAUAUAAGGAUAACAAUAAAAAUAAUAAUCAUAAUGAUCAUGAUAAUAUAUCUAUUAAACAAAAUAACAAUGGAUAUAAUAAUACAAAGAAUGAAACUAAAAAUAGUGAUUCAGGAAAUAAAAAAAUUAAGAAACAUAAUGAUGAAUAUAUAAAUAGCUUUAUUAAAAAGAAAUUUUCUUUUGAUUUAAUUAAAAACAAUUUGAAAAAGAAAAAAGAAGAAAUUAAAUAUGAAAUUAUAAAUAAUGAUGAAGAGGAAAUAUUUUUAAUAUUUGGGAAAAAUUCUAAGGAUUCUUUUACUUUAGAUUUUCGUCAUCCGUUAUCAACAUUUGAAGCUUUUUCAGUUGCCAUUUCUUCCUUGCUGAAGAAAAAAGCAGUAUCAUAA